UGUCAACUUUAAGGGUCUGUUUGUUUUCACUCAUUGACCACAAGUUUGCCACUAGCUUUUAAAAGAAGACGAGUGCUGAUUACAUCGCAGAAGAACAAGGAACAAAAUCAUUUAAUGUUAAAGAAGAAAUGUCAGAUAGCAUAUAUAACGAUGUGAUCGGGAUCGAGUCAGAGGGAAUGCAGACAGAGAGAGUGGAGAUGACAGUGGAAAUCUAUGAGAGUGUGAGAGAUCAUGACUUCAGGACAGAGAUAAACACACACCAACCACUUCAGAGUUCAGGAAGUGAUUGUGUGAGGAUCAGAAGCUCCAGAGCAGCUCCAGUGUGUUUGUUGCUUCUGUGUGUUCUCCUGCUGACUGCAGUCAUAGUGCUGUGUGUCCACCUGCAGACCAAGAGCACACACUACACAGAAGAGAGAGACCAGCUUCUAAACAUGAUUACCGACCUCACAGAAGAAAAAGACCAGCUACUAUCCAAGAUGACCAACCAAACAGAAGAGAGAGACCAGCUACUAAACAAGAACAUAACCUUGACAAAUGAAAGAGACCAGUUCAAUCAGGAGAGAAAUGAACUGUGGAAAAUGCUUAAUGAAAUGGAAGGAUGUAUUUAUCAAUCCAGUGUUUACUAUAUGUCAUCUGAGGAGAAGAGCUGGACUGAGAGCAGAAGAUACUGUAGAGAGAGAGGAGCAGAUCUGAUCAUCAUAAACAACAAAGAGAAAGAAGAUUUUGUAAAGAAGAUGUCUGGGACGACUGGAGUCUGGAUGGGUCUGACUGACAGUGAUGUGGAGGACAGAUGGACAUGGGUUGAUGGGAGCACACUGACCUAUACGUGAGGAAUCACUGAACCG